AUGAUGCCAGGGCAGAUCCCCGACCCGUCUCUGACGGCCGGCGCGCUGCCUGGGCUCGGCCCCUUGACAGGACUGCCUGGCACAGCCCUGACUGCCGAGGAGCUGAAGUACGCCGACAUCCGCAACAUCGGGGCCAUGAUUUCGCCACUCCACUUCCUGGAGGUGAAGCUUGGGAAGAGACCCCAGCCUGUGAAAAGUGAGCUGGAUGAGGAAGAGGAGAGGAGGAAAAGACGCCGGGAGAAAAACAAAGUAGCAGCAGCACGAUGUCGUAACAAGAAGAAGGAAAGGACAGAGUUCCUGCAACGGGAGUCAGAGCGUCUAGAGCUCAUGAACGCUGAGCUGAAGGCCCAGAUAGAAGAGCUGAAACAGGAGAGACAGCAGCUGAUCCUGAUGCUCAACCGGCACCGUCCCACCUGCAUUGUGCGGACAGACAGCAUCAAGACACCGGAGAGUGAAGCCAAUCCACUGCUGGAGCAGCUAGAGAAGAAGUGAAGGAGGCACUGGGCCAGGAGGAGGAGGCGGUGGCGCAGGAUCUUCCAGGGUCUCUAGUGUAUGUACUGUAUGAAGAACUGUGCACCCAG